GUCUACCUAGAUAGUCUUGUAGAACCAAUUAAGCUCUUAGCCCUCUUAUAUUCCCUCCUGCCUCCGUUUUGUGUGCCGAUUUGUGAACAAUGACAAAGGUAGCAAAGAUCCCAGUGAUAGAUAUUGCGGCAGAGGGAGAGGAUCAAGCCCGAGUUGCCAGGGACCUUGUCGAGGCAGCCAUUGAACAUGGCUUUAUCUACAUAAAGAACACAGGGAAGGAUAUCCCUGUGGAUGCCAUAGAGAAUGCCUUCAACCUGUCCAAGAAGCUCUUCGCAACCCCCCUGGAAGAAAAGCAGCGAUGCAAGAUCCAGCAGAACAACCGGGGCUGGACGGGCAUGCAUUAUGAGACUCUAGACCCUAAGAAUCAACGUGUGGGUGAUCACAAGGAGGCAUUCAACUUCGGCGAGUUUAUCGAUGGCAAGGCUAAGCAGCCUCUGCCAUCGACAAUGGUACCGUAUGAGAGCCAGAUUAGCGCAUUCCGGGAUCUGUGCUACCAGAUGUGUCUGAAGCUCAACACACUUUUGGGAAUUGGCCUUGACGUCCAACCCCCCGACUUCUUCACGGCCGCCCACCUCCGGGAGAAGGGCCCAUCAGGCACGACCCUCCGCUUCCUCCACUACCCGCCACUAGCGAGCACCGACGCCGACCGAGAAGACGUCCGCGCCGGUGCCCACUCGGACUACGGCUCCAUGACGAUGCUGUUCCGCCUCAAGGGCCAAGCGGGUCUCGAGAUCCUGACCGGGGACAGCACCUGGGCGCCCGUCCCGGUAUCCCCUCCGGGCACCGAGGACGACCCGGCGCCGCCGAUCCUGGUCAACAUCGGCGACCUGCUGUCGUACUGGACCAACGGCCUGCUCCGGAGCACCGUGCACCGCGUCGUGUUCCCGGGCCCCGGCAAGGGCGUCGUCGAGGGCGAGUCCGACGCUGAGCCGCGCUACUCCAUGGCCUUCUUCUGCCACCCCGUCGGCUCGACGGCGCUGACUCCCGUGCCGAGCGAGAGGGUCAAGGGGUCUGCUGCUGCGCCGAAGGGGGCGUCCUCGGAGGGGAAUCCCUAUGCGGAGCGGAAGGUGAUGACGGCGGACGAGCACUUGCAGAUGAGGUUGCGGGCUAGCUAUCUGGAGCUGUAUAACGACAAGGACUAGGGUGGAGCAAUUGGGAAACAGGGUGCAUGUUAUGAUUAUAUUGCCUAUUGCCGAUAAGACAGAGCUCAGCUUCGUGCUCCGUCA